UUUGAACUUAUGACCAGAUUGGGAAACCUUAUCAAAGGCUUUACUUAGAUCUAUGAAAAUCACAUCCAUAGGAGCAUUCCGAUCCUUUGCCGCAGCCCACUCUUCUCGUGCAAUGAGAAGAUUUGUCAAGGUUCACUUUUAGUCCGCCUUGAAAUGCACUAACUAAAAUGUGUCCACGAUUAUAAUUUUCUAUAUUGUGUAAUGAACGUUUAUCAAAUUUGAAUGACUGUAUUGAUUGCAUUCGCACUUGGAUUGCUGUUCCAUGUUAGUUUGUCAUCUUGUUCAACUGACACUAGAUUGUCAGUUUCACACAUUGUAGAUUAGUUGUUCAUACGAAAGCAUCUGAAAUGUCGAGCGAACAGCAAUAUAAAUUAUGCUUUCUUUACUAGAUUGUAUCAUGUGAGAGGAGUAUCGUUAAGAUGAAGUGUUAACAUUUAUUUCCGUUAAUUAUGUUACUGAAUAGAUGUUAUGUUUUUGCCGUUGUGUACACAUAGACUGAUUCAAUUGAGGUCAACGUGUUAUCCAAUCGAGUAAAUUUACUUAAUACUUCGGAUUGCCAAACCCUCCUUCAUAGCCAUAUCGAGUGCAUUGCUUAUUCACGUUAGUGAAAACAAAUUAGAUGCGUAAUUUAUCAAUCCAGUACAGUACUUUGUGAGAAUCUUGGUCACUUAUUUAUUAAUGUGUAGUGUCUGUUAUUUUGUUUAGCCCAUAUACCUUAUUCUAGCUUUUGGACAGGCCAAUCGAUCCAUUCUACGUGAGUCACAUUUUGACCUUGCUAAUUACUUGCUUAUCAACCAUGACUGUUUUUACAUGAGCGUAUGUGUGUGAAGACUUCUUAUCCUAUUGAUCACAUGUCUGUAACUUAUUUUUGUGCGAAUAUAAAUAUCGAUUAAAGCAUGACGAAAUGAGUUGGCUCACGAGCCCUCUACACUGCGAGUCAUUUGCUUCGCUAUGUUCCCUCCACUUCUUCGGUAUUUUGUCUGGAUCAAAGGUUGUAUGAAAUAUACGUAUUCGAAAUUCAUUCUCCUAUUCGACUUAUUUAAUUCCGUUACUGACUAACGCAAUUUCAGUCAAUGAUGAUAUAUGAGGAUAGGUGACAAAUAUAUUUCGAUAGCAAUCAUUCAAUAACAAACAUUCAUACGAUCUACUUAGAGUCAUAUCCUGUGCCACCAAAAGUUAUCAACGAUUACAAAUAGCACAGCAUAGUCUAAUUGGUAGCUUAAAUCCACAAAUCAGUCUGAAUUAUCUAGAAUUAUUUUCCCUUUUAUCUGUGUUUGGCUAUAACACAACAGCUCGGAAGCGAUUAUCAGAUCACAAAUUACUAGUAGCUACACGGGAGGGUUUCGUUCUUGUUAUGAACAUUGAGCUGAAAAUAAGUGUAUCAUGUCAACGAUAUUCACACUGAAAUCAAAGUCAAGUAACGACCACUCUAUAAUCAGCUUGUCAUCCACUGAAUCACGAGAUCCACGAGCUUAUUGAAUGAGCAUAAUAUUUAUCAGUAUUUUCAAGGUUUUCGUAUUUUCUUAUUGGUUGUUUACUAUCGACGUACAGGCCCAUUGAGCAGAUGCCUUGAUAUUGUUCUCAGCUACAGUUUGAUCAACUUUCGGAAGGUGGCUGGUAGUGAAACCCAGUAGAUGUGGAUUUUUGUGGUAAUUAACACCGUGUUCCAAUUUCAGCGUGAAUAUUAACAUCCCAAUGUAUAUUUAUGCAGUAGAGCAGAACACUUGCCAGGAAUUUUAAUAUAAGUCACUAUUAAUAAUUCGAUAAAUUAAUAUUAAUCAAUUUAUUCAUUAAAUGCGUUCUAUAUUUGAAUGCAUUACAUUCCUUUAUUCUAACUCAAAGUAAGAAAUACAAUAAACGUUUUGGUUGUAAACAACCAACAAUACAAUGAACAUUCAUUAUUAACCUUAGAAAAUUACUGAUGUAUGUACGAUCAAUUUGUUUCAGCUGAGCAUUUAAAAAAUGACCGACCUUACCAAUUUAAAGUCAGUAACCGAAUAUGGUUGUACCAAAAGCGCAGACAAACUUCAUCAGUAUAUAUGUGAUCAUUCACUGCGUCUGUCUGAAGCACAAAAGUGGUUAUUACAAGAGACCAGUAAACAUCCACUGUCAUUUAUGCUUAUCUCCAGCAUAGAAAUGCAACUUCUAUCGAAUUUGUGUUAUGCGAUAAAUGCUAGAAGGACACUUGCUAUUGGAACUUAUACUGGAUAUAGUGCAUUGUCUAUCGCGGAAGUAUUGCCAUCAGGUGGACGUUUAGUAGCCGUGGAUAAAACGGAUGAAUAUUUGAAAGACUAUUGUUUGCCAGCAUGGAAGAAGGCAGGUGUAGAAUCGAUCAUUGACUUCCGACACGGUCCAUAUGUUCAAAUACUACAAAAUUUGAUUGACAAUGGAGAGAGUGAAACAUUCGAUUUUGCUCUGAUCGAUGGUGAAAAAGAAAACUAUAGUAAAUAUUACGAAUUAUGUUUAAAACUAGUUCGACCUCGUGGAAUCAUCGCCAUUGAUAAUGUUCUAUGGAGGCAGCGUGUGCUCGAUGCGGAUAAUAACAGCUCUGAAACUGUCGGUAUAAGAGAAAUGAAUGCAUUGAUAGCUAGAGAUAACCCUGUUCGAAUUUCUCUCUUAAGAACUGGAGAUGGAUUGACAAUUGUUGUGAAGAAUUGA